AUGCUCUCGGCAACUAUGGGCGGCUUCCGCUCACGCUCCUCCUCCGUGGCUCCUUCCUCCUCGUCUACUCGGCCAGCCCGGCCCCACCAACGGCUGCCGGGCUUCCGCCUGACCGACCCGGCGAGGAGACGGGCCGUGGCCGGCAUCCUGGACACCGACACGCUGUGAGAAGGUGUCCGUCACCGAGGCCCAUUGCGCCGCAACCUGUGUGACAAACAUCACGGUGGCAGCGGGCUGUGGAGGCGCCAGGCCUGCACCGGCGGGAUCAUCGACCCCAGCACGGGCGAGCGUCUGCUGCGGUUGGCGAGGCGAGUUGACAGGGGGCUGCGUGACAGGUUAUGGGUGUGGACGCAUCAACUGGCGCAGUAAAGCCUUUUCGGCUUCGAGGAACCCGAGACCAAGACCAAGAUGUCGGCGGCGCAGGCGCUGAAGAAGGGCUGGCUAGUACUAGAGGCCGGGGCGCGCUUCCUGGAGGCUGCAGUACCUGACCGUGGGGGGCUGAUCGAGCCCGACGCCGGACGCCUCGGUCUCCCUGGACGAGGCGCUGGCAGAAGGCACAUCGACGCACGCACGGGCCAGAAGCUGCGCGACGUCGCACCCUACGCCAAGUACCUGACUGUUGCCCCAAGGACCAAGCUGAAGAUCUCCUACAAGGACGCCAUGGACCGCAGCAUCGAUCGAGAUGCACCGGCUGCGCUGCUCAGGCCUUCGUCUGCCGACUCCUCCAAGGGCUUACUACAGGCCCCCUACACUGUCGCGGCGCCGGCCUCCGCCGCCGGCUCGCGCUCCAGCUCCCGGGCCGGCUCGCGCUCAGGGUCACGGCCGCAGCUUCGACGCCCACCCGGCUCGGCUUCUCCAUUGACCUUCUCGUUCCUCUACUCGUCCUCCAGCUUCGGGCGGCAGUACGGCCGCGGCCCCGACACGGCUCCGUUGGGAGGCGGCCGCGCUGGCGCCGGCCUUGGGGCGGGCCGGUGGUGCUGA